AAUCAAAUCAAUCAAUUUUCUUCGAAUUUUCCAAGUUGUACCUACUAAACUAGCUAUUAUUUAAAUUAAAAUAAUUCUAUGAAUGCUAGUUGAACAGACACUUCAAAUUAAAACUAACCAUGGGUUUGUGCAAAUGUCCGAAAAGGAGAGUCACAAAUCAGUUUUGUUUUGAGCACAGAGUAAAUGUUUGUGAAUAUUGUAUGGUGACGAACCACCCGAAGUGCAUCAUACAAUCAUACCUUCAAUGGCUUCAAGACAGCGACUACAAUCCCAUUUGUGAGAUUUGUACAAAAAAACUGACAGACGGCGAGUGUAUCCGGCUAAUUUGCUACCAUGUUUUCCACUGGGAGUGUGCGGAGUCUCGAUAUCGGGCGCUGCCCCGCACGACAGCGCCAGCUGGGUACCAGUGCCCGUCGUGUGCCACUCCUGUGUUUCCACCCCCAAACCUAGUGUCACCAGUUGCUGAUGUUCUGAAAGAAAAACUGGCCGGCGUCAACUGGGCGAGAGCAGGGCUCGGCCUUCCCUUGCUUUCUGAAGAUCAAGACUUAAAAGGAGCAGCGGGAAGACGGAGUCAAUCCCCCAACGACCAGUUCUUCCCUGGUACAGUUGACAGUCAAAGGGGUACUCCUGUUGGGGCCAGUGAUGACGAAAUGCCAAACCGAGCCAGCUCACCACAUUCCAUAGUCCAUAUGCCUGAUGAACCAGUUAGCAUUUACGAUAACUCAUCUGUUAAACGAAAUGACAGCUUACAAGCUGGACAAUCUUCUCGAAAAGGCUUCAAAUUAUCCUCAGAAUCUAAACCAUUAAUAAAUUAUGAUCAUGAUGAAAACAAAUACAAGCAGAAGUCUACCUUUGCCUGGAUUAGCAGGUGGUGGAAAAAUACUCUACCAUCCUCGAGGGUCAGACGAACUGGUGGUAUCUACAGAAAGUACUGGAUCAUGUUGUUUGUAGUUGUAGCAGUUGUAAUUGUUUUACUACUGUUGAGUGAUAGAAGUGUAGAUGAAGAUAAUCCAUUUGGUGCAAUUUUGGAUGAAGAUAGACGAAUAUUACAGAAGAACUGAUCCUCGAUAUAAGUGCAAUCAGC